GGAGAAACUGGCGACAAGGCUUUAAGUCUUCCUAUCACCGAAAAUUUGAGUCUGGAUGUCUAUAUUAAUGGAAGUGAAUGUUUAAGUCCGUUGUCACCGGCCUCAUAGCCUUUGUUUCCUAUAAGAAGGGGCUCUCCCAACAGGUGAUGAUUUCAAAAUUGAACAACUCACUUACUUGAUAAUCCAGCUAAAACUUUUCUUAUUUAAUAUUUCACCAUGUCCUCUAAAUUGGAACACAAGGCCGCCUAUGAGUGCAGUGCUCGCGGAUUUCUCCAUCGCCAACUCUGCGAGCAUCCUCCGCGCCACGCUUUGACGGGACAACCCCUCUCCGGGCAGACCGUCAUUGUCACCGGCUCCAAUGUCGGUCUUGGUUAUGAAUCCUCCAGGCAGCUGCUUCAACUGGGAGUAUCCAAACUCAUCAUGGCCGUACGAUCGAAAGCCAAAGGAGACGCCGCAGCUGCACAGCUUCGAGACGAGAUGAGCAAGGCUUCAAUAAUAUGCACAAUUGACGUCUGGGUGCUCGAUAUGGCAUCCUAUGCGUCUAUUAAGGCCUUCGUGGCUCGGUGUGAUGCUGAGCUGACUCGCAUCGACAUUGUCCUGCUUAAUGCUGGGUUUCGCGCGACGGAAUUUCAACGUCACGCUGAGAGCGGUCACGAGAUGGGACUGCAAGUAAACUACUUUGGCACAGCGCUACUAUCAGCGCUGCUAGCCCCGAUUCUCAAAUCAAAAAAGACGGCGCUCCCAGCAGGAGUGGCUCCGAGGCUCUGCUGCGUUGCUUCAGAUACGGCCUACAUGGCCAAAGUGGAUUACGACAAACCACUUGUUGAGCAAGUCGAUGACGAAAAGGCCUUCGCCACACUAACGUGCUAUCCAAAAACUAAGCUGAUGAUCCUCAUGUUCAUGACAGAGCUGGCAAAACGGGUGGCAGCGGACGAUGUUCUCAUAAGCUGCACCAAUCCAGGCCUAACAAGGGGAACCAGCUUCAAUUCUGGUUCUGGAAAUCCAGUGGUCGACUUCAUAGGUGGCGGUGCGAUGCGAUUGUUGGCAAGAAGUGUCGAAGUUGGAGCCAGCACUUAUAUCAACUCCGUAGUGGUUCAAGGCAAAGAGAGCCACGGAAGUUUUACCAGCGACUGGACAAUUAAACCUUAUCCGACCGCACUUUAUACAGCCCAAGGCCAGCGUGCCUCUCGUGAUUUGUGGCAGUCUACUAUCCACGAGCUAGGUGUAGGUUCGAUAGAAACUUUCUCGAUUUAGAUCCUCUUUGUCUCCUUAAAUCUUUUUCAAUAUAAACAUUAAUAAUAUAAAUCACAUAGGAUUUCUUUUUUUUGCUGUCAUUUUCCUUUUAUCAAUCAGGCACUCUUUCAGACGACUCUGCAAACGAAUUGUUUGCUAGUAGACCAGUAGCUCAGCCCGUCCAUAUUCUACAUACCACACCGACUAUUGAGCAAAGCCAUUUCCAAACUAUCAAUUCGAACGGUUUAUCCACCGAAAUCAAGUGUAAGGCGUUAAGUGAACUCAAAGUAAUUAGGAUGCAAUAUGUAUAGGUGCAAAUCUGCAAGGUGAUUGCCACAUCGGUUAGCUGGGCUAUUUUUCAAUGAAGUCUCUCCUAUUAAAACGAAACAUACCAUAUAGGUCUUAUGAUCGGCCUCGCUGGUUCGAAAUAUCAAAGUGCGAUAUAUGAUAAGCACAUGUAAAAUUCCAAGCACAGUCGGCGAUAGUGCUCCAACAUGUAGAGCGCAGACCGUCACAUAUGCCGUAGGAAGGAGUAUCAUGGCUUGAAGAUAACGAGCAGCUGUAUCUCCAAAAACCAAAGGCAAGGUUUGUCGACCUACACGUCUGUCACCUUCUUGAUCCCUAAAGUCUUGAGCUUGUGUGAUUAGAGCUGCCCAUAUGGAAAUCGCAAUCAUAUGCUGGUCGGGUUUGGCGACAGGUGGGCUUAACAGCUUUCGGGAUGUACUCAACAAUGCAAAUGCCCCUGUUCCAAUUGCGAGACAACUUUUUGCCAGCCAAUGUCCACCGGCUCUAGUUGCACCGAGAAAUAGAGUCAUGAAAACAUGAAAUAUUGUUUCCCAUAAAAUUUGAGGUUGUAUAAUGGGAAGGCUCAAAAAGCAAAGCCAUACAACGAUGCAUCUCUUCCAGGCGUCUCUGACUGUAAGUACCUUAGCAGGUAAUGGUCGGUCCGGCUUGUUGAUACUAUCUUCUUCAAUGCUGAGAAGUUGUGUAAAAAGAUUAAAGCCAUAUAUGUAAAGAAUUGUCCAGAAGAUUAAAAAAAAAUAGCCUCGAAUUGCAGCAUCUAACGGUACGUCGCCUAUUGCACCGACAGCCUGAAUGGAAGCAGGAAUAACAGAUACCGACCAAUCUCUCCAUGAAAACAUGAUAAAUAGGCGUAGUUCUCGAAGUAUUGGGGAAUACAUAGCGCGAAGUUGUUUGUGCUUGUUACGUUGAACUGAAGUAAGUGCUUGUCUGAGCUCUCCCAGCCAGGGAAUUCAAGUAGUGUAUACUACACAGCUCAGGAUGCGGAUGAGUUACACUGAUGGUCUGUGCAGACCUGUCUUACUGCUGCAGGCGGUGAAGAAAACUGUCGAUAGAUCCCCAUUCAUGUGCCGUGUCUCGAGAUUAUUUUGCGUCUAUGGUCAAGGAGUUCGGCUAAUUCUACAGCCUUUCUGCACCCAAUCCCAUCAGUAUAUGGAAAUUUCCAGGUGAUUAAUGUUGCUC